AUUGCGUCACAGGAAUAUAAAAGGUUGGAGUAUGUGGAAGGCCUGGAUGCAUUAGAGCACAAGAAAGCAAUACGAAAUGUUAUGAGAAUGAGCGUAAACAGGGAAAUUCUACUGUACGGAGUUUACUUGUACACCGCUAAUGACAAGGAUAUAUUAGAUGAAAGUAUAGAGUCAACAUUUGACCGAACUACAACAUUGAUACGCAUUUUCAAGAAUGAGGAGACCUUGCUUGCCCAGGAGGAUGUUUGUACUGGAGAACAGGCUAGAGCUGAAGUACGUUCUCCGAACCAUAGACCUCAUCUUAGAUAUCAUAGAUUUAAUCAACCUGUCAGGAUAUACAGGGAUAGUUGGUAUGAUAUCGAACACAGUCUAUUUCCUACAGAUGUGCUAAACCACUACUCAGGCUGGCCAAUUACAAGAUGUGGAGCAGAAUUAUGGACUUGUUAUGGACAGAAUGGGAAGGAAUUAUCUCAGGUUGAGAACAUUACAUUUAGGUUUUGCAGAAAAAAUCAAAGAAGUGGACGUGACUGUACAAUUGAAGGACAAAUUCCUAUACUUGUGUUUUGGCCAAUAUGAGAUUUUGGCUAUUUAUGAAAUAGGUUUUGGCCAUAAACAAGUGAUAUGUACAAUGGAAUUGAGUCAUUGUCUCAUACUCUGAUUUUAUAAUCCCUUUAUGUCUUUGCAACCCUGCAAUGUCGUAAACCGUAGGUAUUUUAAACUAUGUAUUUACACCAUCAGGAUAAAAAGAUAUAAGGAUCAGAAAAUCAAGUUUUUGGCAAACACUCAAUUUUUUAUUCGUAAAGUUGUGCCAAUAUGUGAUUUUUAAUUGGUCUCCUGUAAUUUUCAGAAGUUUGAUAUGUUGGUUAAAUUGUGAUUAUGACAAUUAGACCUUUUGGAAGAAGAGAUAUAUGUGAAACAAUAAAUAAAUAGUUCU